AUUGGUGUCGGUCUCGACCUCAUAUUUACCAUCUUCGAUUUGCGGGCGGCACAGAACUUGUAGGCGAUCAACUUAUCGUAGCAAGUUUGAUCGGAAAAAAUGGUGAAGAAGAAAGAGAGGUCAGUGAACGUUUCGGGAAAGCCGAAGCAUUCACUCGAUGUCAACAGAGAUGCCGGCAACAAGAACAAAAGUGGCGGCACCGCCCGUACCGCCGCCACCGUUCGUCGUCUUAAGAUGUACAAGACGAGGCCGAAGCGUGACAGCAAAGGAACAAUUCUCAAACACGAAUUGCAGUCAAAGGAGUUGCCAUCUACUCGCAUACAACCUGAUCGCCGCUGGUUUGGUAACACUAGAGUUGUAAAUCAGAAAGAGCUUGAAUUCUUCCGUGAAGAGCUACAAAGUCGACUCUCCAGCAAUUAUAAUGUCAUAAUGAAGGAGAGAAAGUUGCCAAUGUCCCUAUUGAAUGAUCAUCAGAAGCAAGCAAGAGUUCACCUUCUUGAUACCGAGCCAUUUGCUGAUGCAUUUGGACCAAAGGGGAAGAGAAAACGUCCAAAGCUAGCUGUCUCUGAUUAUGAAUCAUUAGCUAAGAGGGCCGAUGGUUCUCAAGAUGCUUUUGAAGAAAAACAUGGUGAUGAUCCAGUGGAUCCAAAUGCAGAUGGAUUCAGGGAUCUUGUUCGCCACACAAUGUUUGAAAAGGGUCAGAGUAAACGCAUUUGGGGUGAACUUUACAAAGUCAUAGACUCUUCAGAUGUUGUCAUCCAGGUACUCGAUGCUAGGGAUCCCCAAGGUACAAGAUGCCAUCAUCUUGAGAAACAUCUGAAAGAGCAUUGCAAACACAAGCACAUGAUCUUAUUAUUAAACAAGUGUGAUUUGACACCUCCAUGGGUUACAAAAGGAUGGCUUAGGGUCCUAUCUAGGGAAUACCCUACACUAGCAUUUCAUGCAAGCAUUAACAAGUCUUAUGGAAAGAACUCUCUUUUAUCUGUGUUGAGACAAUUUUCUCGCCUAAAAAGUGACAAACAAGCAAUAUCAGUUGGAUUUGUGGGGUAUCCCAAUGUUGGAAAAUCAUCUGUAAUCAACACUUUGCGUACGAAAAAUGUUUGCAAAGUUGCUCCAAUCCCUGGGGAGACUAAAGUUUGGCAAUACAUAACACUUACAAAGAAGAUAUUCUUGAUUGAUUGCCCUGGUGUUGUUUAUGGAAGCAGUGACACUGAAACUGAUAUUGUUUUGAAAGGAGUGGUGAGAGUUACAAAUUUGCAUGAUGCAACAGAGCAUAUUGGGGAGGUGUUAAAUCGUGUCAAGAAAGAGCACCUUGAAAGAGCAUACAAGAUAAAAGAAUGGGUGGAUGAGUAUGACUUUCUGCUUCAGCUAUGCAAGUUAUCAGGCAAACUACUGAGGGGAGGGGAACCUGAUCUGACGACUGCUGCAAAGAUGGUUCUUCAUGAUUGGCAAAGGGGUAAAAUACCCUUUUUUGUCCCACCCCCAAAACUAGAUGACACGUCAGCAGAAGGUGAAAAGAAAAGUGGUUUGGAGAAAGAUGACGUGGCGGUAGCUGAUGAAAACAGUAAAGAGUUGGCUGCUAAAAAAAGCAUUGAGAAUAUUGUUUCCUCACAGCAGUUAAAGGAUGUGCCUGUUCAAGUGGAUUUGUUCACUGAUAAUGAGUUAAAAGGGGAGGAUGCAAAUGAAAUGGAGGAGGGAUCGUAGAUACAUUUUGGUUAAAAUGGCAGUUUUGACUUUUGAGUGUUUUAGAGAAAAAGCUAUCUUUAUUUACUUUUUCAAUUGUAAGAGAUUAUCUGAUUAUUACAGUUUUAGUGACUUUGUUGGGAAUAUAUUUUACUAAGUUAUAACC